AUGGCAAAUCAUCCUCAUUCCACUUCGUCUUCUUUCCAACACCUCCGUGAAGCUACUUCCAGCAAUGAACCCUUCAUGGAUGCAUUCAGUGAUGAUGAGAAGCGCUUUGUUCUGGCUGAGCUAGUCAAAGUCAACCAGUUGGACGUGGGGAAUCUGAUAAGAUUCUUGAAAGACAAUGGCGUGAUACUGGAUCAGCGCUGCCUAGACAUCCAAGUCCCUCGGGGGCGUAAUCUGCGCCAAUGUAUCAACGCGGCCCAGGCCAUGUUUGACCAACCGCAACAGACUCCGUUGCUGGUAUUUGGGGAGCACAUACAACAGACGCCAACGCCUAUUGUCAAUCCAUCAGCAAAGCGGAGGUCUCUCAGUGACAUCUCGGUCCCUGAGCAAAGCUUCAAAAAGCAGGCUGUUUCUUCUACCGGGACGAUGUCGCCUCGACCUCGCCCCCUCAGCGCCAGCCAAAUCCCUCCUCUUGGCACACAACAUCAAAACAUCCAGCCACGUCCUCCCAACAAUGGUUGGGCCCCUCCCCCCUCGGCCGCUGUCCGGACUGGCAUAACUGUUCCUCCGACAACAACCCGUCCUCGUGGGCGACCGAAGAAGGCAGAGAGAGAUAAUUGGCUUAUCUCUAUGCCCACUCCUAAUUCUCCUCAACCUCAGAGUCCAAGUCUUCGGGGUCAACCGCCGCCACAGCCAGCUCCUCAGGCCACAGGCGGCCCCGGGCCCAGAGUAUCAAAGCUCAAGAGAAGAUAUCCUCCGGCGAGAAUACUAUCCCCAUCAGAGUUCCGAGCAGGCACCAAGGGACCCUCCGAUGCCAUCACAUACCCCAAUCUCUCCUCGACCACCGAGUCCGUACCCUCAACUCCUGCCGAGAAUGCAGUCGAGCCCACCCGAGUUAACGGAACCUCCGCAGCCAAGAGAUAUACACCCAGCAAUAGGGCCGCCAACAGCAAGAGGAGGAGGUUCCGCGCCUGUCAAUCCUAA